AUGACUCCCGAACAAAAGGCCAAACUAGAGGCUAACAGGAAAUUAGCAAUAGAACGGUUAAGAAAAAGGGGAAUACUGAGUAGCGACCAAUUGAAUCGAAUAGAAAGUAGGAAUGAACCUUUAAAAACCCGGCCUCUCGCAGUUACUAGUGGCAGCAAUCGGGAUGAUAAUGCAGCAGCCGCAGUACAUGUGCCAAAUCAUAAUGGACAACCGUCUGCGCUUGCUAACACUAACACUAACACUACUUCACUUUAUGGUAGCGGAGUAGUUGAUGGAAGUAAAAGGGAUGCGUCGGUACUCGACAAAAGGCCAACGGAUAGAAUCAGACCUAGCAUAAGGAAACAAGAUUACAUUGAGUACGAUUUUGCCACCAUGCAGAACUUGAAUGGUGGUUAUAUCAACCCUAAGGACAAGCUUCCAAAUUCUGACUUUACCGAUGACCAAGAAUUUGAAUCUGAGUUUGGAUCUAAAAAGCAGAAGACACUACAGGACUGGAAAAAGGAACAACUUGAACGGAAAAUGCUGUACGAAAAUGCACCUCCUCCAGAGCAUAUUUCAAAGGCGCCGAAAUGUAUUGAAUGUCAUAUUAAUAUUGAGAUGGAUCCUGUGCUACAUGAUGUGUUCAAGUUACAAGUUUGUAAACAGUGUUCUAAGGAGCAUCCAGAAAAGUAUGCACUACUGACGAAAACAGAAUGUAAGGAAGAUUACUUUUUAACAGACCCCGAAUUGAAUGAUGAGGAUCUCUUUCAUAGACUAGAAAAGCCGAACCCUCAUUCGGGGACAUUUGCAAGAAUGCAACUAUUUGUUAGAUGUGAAGUGGAAGCCUUUGCGUUCAAGAAAUGGGGUGGAGAAGAAGGUUUAGAUGAGGAAUGGCAACGUCGUGAAGAAGGAAAGGCUCACAGAAGGGAGAAAAAAUACGAAAAGAAAAUCAAGGAAAUGCGACUGAAAACAAGAGCUCAAGAAUAUACUAAUAGAUUAAGAGAAAAGAAGCAUGGGAAAGCCCAUAUUCAUCAUUUUAGUGAUCCAGUUGAUGGAGGUAUUGAUGAAGACGGUUAUCAAAUUCAAAGAAGAAGAUGUACAGACUGCGGGCUAGAAACUGAAGAAAUUGACAUUUAA